UCUAAUGGUGUAAUCAACUGACACAAAAAAGCAAUAUAAGAAAACUAUCGUUAUUCACUAGUUGAAGUGAAACGUUAGAAACGUUAGACAUACGGAAGGCUGAACUUGUAUCAUCUUUAUCAUAAACUGAAGCUCUUAAAUCUUAAAAAAAUAAUUUUAAAACAUAAACAUGACAUUAGGUUACAUCUGGAUAAGCAUAAAAUAAAAUAAAAAUAUCAAAAUUGCGGUAAAUGAGAAAAUACGUCCAAAAAACAUUGAAGGAAAUGAACAAAAAAUAUAGAUGGAGUAGCUCCGCAAACGAUAUCACCUAAAUGUUGUUUGCUAAUAUCAAUGCAUAAAGAUCUUUGAAAUAGGAUGUUUUCAGCCUCACUUGCAGAAAAAAGACUGACUAUUUUAUGAAAAAUAUAUCGCCAAAAUUAGACAGUGAGUUUCAAAAUUUUAAACCGCAUCGAAACAUUAAAGCAUGAAUAAAUAUGUCUGCUUGACAUUAUUCUAGUUAAUUACUGAAAAUAUCCCUUUGAUACUUCUUAUGUUGAUGCAGAUCACUAUGCUCUAAAGAGUGAAAAUUUGGAAAAGAGGAGUGAAUAUUGAUGGCUGACAAUAAGGUCGCCAUGAGAAAUAUUUUAUAAAAAGGAAUUAUUACGGAAGAGAUUUCAGGAGCACAUUAAAUAAACCUUUAAAAAAGUGCUGUGAUGAGACUGAAUAUUGGUUGAUAGAAGUUCAUGUAUUAAUGGAGGGAAGAAGAAACGGGAUUGCUUUCGUCGUCAGUGUUUAUGUCUGCAUCGGCAUCAUCAGCGUUACUUCAAGCUACAAACGCACGGUCCUGGUACCAGACAAUCAUAAAUCUUUUUUCUUAUCUGGCUUGGAAAACAGUCAGCCAUUUCAUGACAAUAAAAGUGCUCAUAAUAUCAUUUCUAAACUAAAAGCUUCUCGAUACACUGCCAACGUAACAAAAGUUCGUAAAAACAUUAUAACUCACGUAGCAUUUCUAAAAGUACACAAGACAGGAUCAACUACUUUGCAACAUUUGUUUUAUAGAUUUGCGUUGAGACAUAAAUUGAACAUUCUUCUCCCGGAGAGGGGAAACUAUCUCGGGAAAAGUUUGGUAAUUCCCUUGAAACCUGGUGAGCAUUACGAUAUCCUUGCCUGUCAUUCUGUAUACAAGAAAGGAUGGAUAGAUGGCCUACUUCCCACUGAUUCGGUAAAAAUUGGAAUAAUCCGUGAACCGGUGGAAAGAAUGAUUAGUGCGGCCUAUUUUUUUCGUGAUGUUUACAGUAUCAAAUACUUGAAAAUGAUACCGCGAUUAAAUUUCAUACACAAUCUUGUUAAUUUUCCAGAGAAGUAUGAUGUACACUUUUUCUCUCACCCGAGAAACACAAUGGGCAGAGACUUUGGGUUUCAAAGUGGUAUUCAACGGACAAAUAAAUCUCUAAUUAAGAAAUACCUGGACUAUUUGAAUGAACAGUUUUCACUUGUUUUAAUCAUGGAAAAAAUUAAUGAAUCUCUAGUCAUGAUGAAAAGACUUCUUAAUUGGUCAUUCAUCGACAUACUAUAUUUCGAAAUGAAUUCACAUAAAUACUUACGUACUGUUUUGAACGCUACAGAAACUGCAAAAUUGAGAAACACCAGUUUCUUAGACUUUGAGAUAUAUGAUUAUUUUUCUGCUGUAUUUGAAAUGAAAUUAAAGCAAAUUGGGUACGACUUUUAUGAUGAAGUCACAUUUUAUAAAACUGUUUUAGAGCAAGUGCGUGGAUUUUGCUUGAAUAAAUUCAAAGCAGAAGAAACAAGAUUUCAAAUUCCAAAGUCAAAAUGGGACGGAACGUUUCAAGUUAAAAUGUCAGAUUGUGAAUUGAUGCAGACAGAUUGGAAACUUUUUUUUUCAAAAGUUCGAUCAAAAUAUCUUCUUUCAGCCGAAAUGCCUAUUCCUUGGAAAGGAAAGUAAGUACUAUCCGUGGAGAGCGAAUGUAGAUUUUACAGUUUAUACGAAAGAGGACAACAUACCUCGCCACGAUAUAUGAAGGCCUUGACGAAUAAUAUAAUAUGAAUAAAUGUAAGAUAACGCA